AUGACUUUUUCUUUUGUUAAUUUAUCACUUUCUUUCUAUUAUUUGGUUUUAUUCUUGACUUUCAUUCUUCCUUUCAUCGGCCACCUUUCUUUCUUUGCUUUUUUUCUCUUUUCUUUCUUUCUUUCUUUCUUUCUUUCUUUCUUUCUUUUUUUCUUUUCUUUCUUUCAUUCUUUCUUUCUUUUCCUUUUCAUUUCUUUUUUCAUAUUAUGUUUUUCUUUAUUCUUCAUUGCCCUUUAUUUACAAUUUGUUAACUAUAUUCUUUCUUUUUCCUUUCUUUUUCUUCUUCAUUUCCAGUUUUUCCAUUCCUUCCUUCUUUCUUUUUCUUUCUUCUUCUUCAUUGAACUUUUCAAUUUCUUUUUUUCAUAUUACCGUCUCUCUUUCUUUUUUUCUUUUACCGCACAUCGGUCCACUAUUUUUCACUCCCACAUGCCCACUUUUUUUUCUUUUAUUCAGUACCACAUUCCCUUGCAUAUUCCUGGCAGGGGAACCCGAUGCCACAGCCCUUCCCCUCUUACCGCAAUUCACUGUGUCAUUAUUUAG